UUGUUUUGAUUGUUCACAAGCCACGCACAUUGAAUUGGAGAUCCUGUCAUAGCCGGUUCUUAUCUUUUUUGAGACCUUUGUUGUUGUUUAUAUAGCAGAAACAUGGCGUCAACAGGUUUCAAGGCAGGCAGUGUCAUCACCGUCCUUGUUGUAAUAGCUGCAUAUUUGUGCAAGCGUCAUGCAGACGAAGCAUUGCGAGAGCGGGUGCAUCAAGUGUUGUCCGGGUUACUGCGGGCCGAAAAAAAGGUUCCGCAUCCAAAGUUUCGGGUCGCGAUCGGAUUUGGAGGAUGUCAAGAUUUAGUUUCUGAUGGGCUAGAAUUGUUGGAAAAAAUGCACAUUAGUGCACCCGACAACCCAAAACAUUUCCACUCGGUUCAUAAUGAAACGGAACUUGCCCAGCUGAUGGGAUUCUUCUUCAGGCACGGUGCUGCUGCAGAGCGAUACAUUUCCAAUGAAACACUGUUCAAGGAGCUAGUUGACAAGGCAGACAGUCUGUCACAUCGGGUGUGGUCAUUGGGGGGUAACGCCCCAGUCAUGGCUAACAGAUUAGCCAAAGAAGGACUAGAUGUACUGCUUGGGGCAAGACUUACUCCCAACAUGGCAAAGGCGCUUGAUCCAAGCAUUAAAGUGACAGGGAAGCAGACGACAACGGAGGACGUCCACCUCCUUAUGGAAUACAAAGCAGGUGCCAAGUGGGGACAAUACACAGCACCUCGGGCCAACAGACUGAUCGUGCACAGUGACUCAGUGAACCCCUUCCUAGAAUCUCUGGAGGAGUUCCAGCAGCAGCUGGAGACAUACAACGCCGACCUGCUGAUUGUUGGCGGGCUGCAGAUGAUGGACAACUUCCCAUUUAAAGAUGGAAAAAGGCAAGAAAGGGUGAAGAAAUUAGAGUCAACUCUUUCUAACAUUCCCAAAAAGACCCAGAUUCAUUUUGAACUGGCAUCCUUCACAGAUAAAAGCCUCAUGGAUGAGAUCUAUGAAAGUGUGGUCCUUUACUCAGAUUCACUCGGUAUGAACGAACAGGAACUGCCAAACCUUGUCAGCAUGAUGACCGGUGGGAAUGUCACGCUUCUCUCCGACAGCCAUCCUAGAAUCGCAACAACCCUAGACCAGAUGAGGCAGGUGUACAACAUGCUCAAAAACACCAAAGAAACGGGGGGCCGAAGAAAACUUACACGCAUCCACUUGCAUACUCUUGCAUACCAAGCAAUCCUUACGAAAAAAGGGUCUGCGUGGAAAAACACGAUGUCUGCUGCUGCGAAGGCCGCACUCACCGCUCAUCGACAUGUCUGCGGGUCUCAGUACAUUCACGUGGAAAAAGCAAAGUUAAUUGUGGAUGAUUCCUUUUCAUCCAGUAAAAGUGACCCCAAGCCACAAAGGAUCCCAUUCAAGGAUAAUCGUCCAGUCACCUGCUGGGAGGAGGAGGAUUAUGAGAUCUGCAUCGCGCCGGUGCUUGUGUGCACGCAGGUGUUGCAGACUGGGGGUGGUGGGGACAACGUGUCAUCAGCUGGUCUGGUGCUGCAACUGUAGAGAGAACCCUUAUCUUAUUGUUACCCAAACUACCAUGCUUACAUUGCAAUAAUUUACCUUGACACUUUGCUAAUAUGUGCACAUUGAUAAUAUAUUGUUCUCUGUACUAAUGCCCUUAACAUGUGUUUAUAAAUAAAUAAAUAAAUAAAUAAAUAAAUAAAUAAAUAAAUAAAU